AUGAAGUCGAUGACGUCAACGGAAGAAUCAACAACUCAUUCGCGGGAAGUGAAUGAUCAUUCGUCGUGUGAUGGUUAUAUUGGCAGCUAUGACGGCCCGCAUUUGACAGCAGCGUCAAUGUCAAACUCUGAAAACAGCAACGAAGAGGUUAUGCAGAUUAUAAACAAUACCUGCACCGACAAAACGGAUACCUUCAAACCAGUGAAAAUGAUAACUGUGUGCAAUCUUAGUGUUAAAGCAUUAGUCGUUAUAAAGUGCUACGAACUUUGCUACGAUACGCUAUCGCAUUGCGGCUACGCAUUAUCGUUCAUUGGCUACAAAUGUGUAUGCGACUUUUGUUAA